UCACAAUCUUGGUCCCAAGUAUUGUCAUCUUCUUCCUCCUCUCCGCUCUCCCCAUCUGAUAAAGAAAAAAACUCUUCACUCCCUCCAAAGUCCUCCUCUGUGGAGAAGACAUGGAGUCUUGAGCUUCCUCUGUUAGUCCUCGCUCACGCACUAAUCCUCCUUUAAAACCGUCCAUUCUCAUUGCAGACAGCAAGUUCAGCACUCUCUCUCUCCCCUUCUCCACUCAAAACAUUUCUCUUGUCCUUCAGCACAAACCCCAUCUUGAACCCUUCACUGAAUCUGGAUUCGUUUUGCCAAAUCUGGUAUCAGAUUUCAAGAUCCACCGGAUCAACAUAAACCCUUUUUGUAGGUUUUGCAGCUUUGCUCAACUUUCACUCAAAUUCGCAUCUUUAUCUUUCGUCCAUCUUGUGGGUUGGGUUGAGCUUGAACUGCGGAAAGGUUCUCUCUUUCCGUUGCCCAUUAGGAGAUUAAGCUCUUUUAGUUUGGAUAGGUAAAUCUCGAUAAUUGUUGCUCGGAAUGGGAGACUCUGACAUCACAAAACUGGAUGACUCUGAAGCGGUUGCGUUAACUGGCAAGAUCAUGUUGAUUGCGGUGAUACUUCUCUUCAUAGUAGUCCUCUUUGUUCUCCUCCUCCAUUUAUACGCCAAGUGGUUCUGGGGGCGCAUCGAAGAAGCCUCCUCGGCCGCCGCCGCUCCGCCCCCGCGCCGCCGCCGCAGCCGGCGGUUCGUCUUUGCCCCCGGCCAGGAUCCCACGGUCGCUGUCCGUACCGGACUCGAUCGGAAGGUGCUGCUCUCUCUGCCGGCGGUGGUGUUCAAUCCCCAGGAGUUCAAGGAGGGUCUUGAAUGUGCCGUUUGCCUCUCCGAGCUGGUUCAGGGGGAGAAAGCUAGGAUCUUGACCAAAUGCAAUCACGGGUUUCAUGUGGAUUGCAUUGACAUGUGGUUCCAAUCACACUCCACUUGCCCUCUUUGUAGGAAAUGGGUCGGUCUCGGUUCAGAUUGUUCGAAGACCAUCGACAUCGAUGAUGAUUUGGAAGAAGAAAAUGGUGACAGUCAGCCCGUGGAAGAGAAUUUAUCUGGUGGGAUGCACCCCACUGAAUCACCAAACUUUCCUACAAAUGUGUUGUUUUGGGGUAAUGAGAUGCAGGUUAGCUCUGGGAGUGCUUGUUUAGAAGAAGGUGGUUCUUCUUCUUCUUCAGCUACUUCUCAGUCAUCAUCAUCUUCUGCUGCACUUGCUAUUGCUAGGCCUGCGAUGGUCGUUAUUGACAUGCCAAGGCAGAUUAGCGAGAAUCCCUCGGCUUCUUCGUCUUCAGCGAACCGGGUUACCGAGGAUGAUCUGAAGUCCCCAGUUCCCACAAGACUGAGGUCAUUGAAGAGGCUCUUGAGUAGGGAGCGAAGAGUUGCUCCUUGUAAUGCAAAUUCUCUUGAUGUUGAAUAGGGGGAGAGGAUUGUCUUCGCGAUACACUCACCAUGAUGCGCACCAGCUGUUUCAAUUAUGGCUAAAAACUUAAGCUGUCUCAGAGAUUUCUCUCGUUCUUCCAUUGUCCAAACAACAGUUUGUUGAUGGAGAUGAAGAUGGAGAAAGUGGUGAUGAGUAGUAUUCACUUAAGUGCUUGGCAGGGAUUUGAGGACUGAAUUGGAUAUCCAGAAACCAGAUUUAUGUUUCGUACACAAUAUUUGUUCUUGCAAUGUUGUUCUGAGUCAAGUGUUCCAACUUUUUUCUUAGGAUGAGAGAGAGAGAGAGAGAGAGAGAGAGAGAGGAGAGAGAGUACAGUAAGAAGAAAGAGUUUUGCUUCUCUGUCUCAGAGGGUGGAAAAUCCUUCUAGUUACAGAAGAUGUAGUUUGUAAUUUUCACUUUUGUAAAUGUAUUGAUUAAAUUUGCAUCUCCUGGUCGGUUAAUCACAAAGGUCGGUUCUCUUCCA